AUUGUUAAGCACUUUUUUGUAGCUGUCGACUGCAAUUUGAUCAUUUUGGCGUUUGUUGUAUUAAAAUAAGUAAGAAAUGUUCCCGCAAAGAAGCUCCAUAACGUAUAUGACACCAGCGUCUCAUCAGCCGCCGCCAGCUAAGGAGCUCGCCGACAACGUUGAGUAUCCAAACCUCAAUGUAGCCGACAUGAAUGCGCGCCUGGAGAACUUGUCACCACGUUUGCAUGACUGCUUUGAUAGCAUUGCCAUGAACGAAUCGCAACACUUUGCACUGGCAACAAAUCAUCGCGAUGGCGGCAAUUGGUGGGGCAUGCUCUUUGGCUUUGCCAAUAUGGAAAAAAUGGCAGUAGACACUGCUGAUUUUAAGCUGCAGUGCGAGCAAACUGUUAACAUUAUACGUUAUGCGCACAACAAUGUGUUGCUUGUGGCAUUGGGUGAUACACGUUUGCAGGCCUGGUCCACAUUCUCAGAGGUGCGCAAUGCCAAGGAUCCCUACUGUUUGUUUCUGAUUGGCGAGGACUCGGCGCACAAUGCGCCCAUCAACCAGCUUAGCGUGUUUAAGUCGGAGCCCAAUCGCGCGGCUUCCACCUGUCUGAGUAAUACACUGAAUGUCUGGGAUCUGUCAGGCGCGGAAUUAUGCAGCACAUACUGCGCACGUGUUGCCCACAUACAAAAAAUAACAGGCUUGGCCACCUCGCAUACCACACAAGAUCAGCUUGUUACCUGCGAUCGUAGCGGCUGUGUGCGUCUUUGGGAUGUGCGCGCCUCCUCACCUUCCUCCACAUGCCUCUUUAAUGAUACUACACAUAAGCUGAGUUUCACCUGUGCUGCAUGGGCUGCACCCACCGAACUUGUGGGCGAUAAUUAUGUUUACCUGGGUGACUAUGAUGGGAAUGUACAUACGCUGGAUUUGCGCAAGCCUGGCGAGGUGCAACAAACAAAUGCUUAUUUUUCCGAAGGCAACGUAUCCCAGCUACUAGUCAAUGGGUCACACUUGGCUGUGCUGAGCAAUUCGCCUGCGGGUGUGAAAAUUGCGAGGGUGAACGAUAAGCAUGACAUUAUUUACACCGAUAAUGAUACGCAUACUCGUCUCACGGAUGGCGUUUGGCACGAUGAGAGCACACUGCUAACUAUUGGACACGGACACAAGUUGGCUACGCACAAAAUAUAAUAUAAUCAUUAUUCAUAAUCAUACUUUAGGAACUGAUAACUGUUGUAAUGACAAUGCUGUGUUUU